CGCCUGAGCGAGCAAGCGGCAGAGUCUAACUUGAGACUUCACUGGGGUAGAGAGAAAUAUGUUUCUUCACCAAUGGCGGAACUUCUAAAGACAGACGGGCAAGAAUAACUGAAGAAAGCUGCCUGCGAGUUGGGAGGUGGAUCUUUGCAUUUCUCCAUGUGAGAAUUCCUUCCAUCAGUGCAGAUUUCAACCCAUCCAUGCCUUCUCAGCCUUUGCAACUCCUAGAGGAUCUACCCAAGGGGCAACUAUGAAUGAAGAGCAGUUUGUAAACAUUGACUUAAAUGAUGACAACAUUUGCAGUAUUUGUAAACUGGGAACAGAUAAAGAUACACUUUCCUUUUGCCACCUUUGCUUUGAGCUAAAUAUUGAAGGUGUACCAAAAUCUAAUCUCUUGCAUACCAGAUCUUUAAGAGGCCACAAAGAGUGCUUUGAAAAAUUCCAUUUGAUAGCAAACCAGGAUUGUUCUCGAUCUAAACUCUCCAAAAGCACUUAUGAAGAAGUCAAAACUAUAUUUAGUAAAAAGAUAAAUUGGAUUAUACGGCAUGCCCAGAAUAAGGAUGUAGAGUCUGAUCCUGAAUGUUCCAAAACUUCCCAGCACCCACUUUUAAAUUUUAGACAUAAAUCAGAGAGAAAGUUAUUACCGCAGUUUGAUUCCCAAGUACCAAAGUAUUCUGCAAAAUGGAUGGAUGGAACAACAGUAAACAUCUCAAACCAUGCACAGCGAAUUUUGGAGCAAAGAGAAUCUGCAAGCUUUGGGCUUGAUAUGUUGCAAGAUCCAAGUACCCCUUUCUGCUAUAAUAGUGUAUUGUGGUCUCAUCACCAGCAAACUCAGAAAAAAGAAAAGAAAGCUUCUGUUUCAGACAUUAGUGACCAGAGACGACACACUUAUUAUACAAGAGAACAAUUGAGUUUGAUGAGUCUUGGUGAGGUAGAGCAGCUCAAUGAAAAGCUUCACCAACAAAUCCAAGAAAUUUUUGAGCAGCUGACACACCAAGUACAAGAAAAGGAUUCUUUGGCUUCAGAGCUCCAUGUCCGACAUAUUGCCAUCGAACAACUACUUAAGAAUUAUUCCAAGUUGCCGUGUCUUCAAGCAGGGAGACAAGGAAUGAAAUGCAACCUUCCCAUAUAACUGAGCAAGACUUAUACUUAAUUCUAUCAAUUCAUUGGUCAGCCGUGCAUACAAACUUCUAAUAAGUAUGUGAGAAGUUGUGGCAUCCUUUUGAAAACAUUUGGAAUCUUUUCAACAACAUUCAAUCUAUUUUAACUACAAUUUUUAAAAUAAUAUUUUUUUUCUCCCCAUUUACAUGUAAAAAUCCAUCCCUGAGACAAUAAGCAAUCUGAUAUAGGUUAUACAUGUGCAA